AGAUAACUCGGGAGAUUGGUGGACGAUGUGGAUGAAAUGGAUCGGAUCGCAGGAAAAGAAUGUGGCGGUCUGCAAUAAUACCCAGCAAGCUCACACAACCCACCCCAGAUCCCAGCGAGCCAGCCAGCGAGGGAGCCAGUCAGCCAGACGGCAGGCAGACGGACAGACAGACAGACAGGCUGGCCGCAGCCAGACAAACACGGCAAUCGUCCGUUGCCCUCCACCGACGGCGGUAACUAUAGACUCGAAGUAUAGUAGGUACACGUUACGAAGAGCCAAGUCUUUUUUAUUCCGCACUGACCGGACGUCGGUGUCGAGACUCGCGACACGCAACAGCAGACACGAAGGAGACGGGCAGCGCAGUGCAGACAGGCACGAGCAAGCCAAGGGCAAAGACGAAGAGGAAGAGAGAAGAAAGAAGCUGAGGGCAAAGGAGGCGUUUUUUCUUUCUUUCUUUCUUUCUUUCUUUCUUUCUUUCUUUUCGGGGCGGCGGCGGCUGGGUGAAUGCCGAUGUCGCGAAGGGCACACUUCUGUCUACGUAGGUGGUGGGAGUACUCGUCCUUAGUUAGGAGCAGCUAGGUCCGCAACAAUGUGACACGGACACGAAAGGGUUUUGAGUGGCCGAAGAAGAGGAGGAGGAGGGCGUGGCGGGCGGGUUUGGAGUAAGGUGUGAGGGAGGAUAGGAGCAAUCGCCUGCGUCGUGGUUCGUUGGUUUUUUCGUUCGUUGGUUCGUUCGCUCGUUCGUUCGUGUGGCCCGCUAACUGCUGGGAAAAGAAUAGAGAGCCGGCCUACAUAUGCAGAGAUACAUGGAGUAGAUUGUGUGGGUACUCUAGAGAGGGGUAGAAGGGGUGGCGGCGGCCGAGGGGUAGA